UACGGUGUACAACCGUGGCUCACUAAACGCAGAAUUAUCUGGUAAGAUUUCCAUGGCGCUUCACUCUUGCGACCGUUAACAGCUUCACCAAAAGCUUAUCAGGUAGAAACCAAAACCAAUGUGCAAAGACUGCAUUCUUUAACUAACACAGCUGAAGUGUACUAAGAGCAUGACCAUGGCUUCCGUUUCUAGACCGUCGCCGUUUAUGUAUUGCCAAUCAAACCCUACAUCACUAAAUUCCUCUCCCCUAGUCUUAUCUUUUCCAUUUUAUCGAACGACGUCACUUCACCUACGUGUCUCUGCCCUGAAAUCAGAUGGAGACAACAUUGGGAGCCAAGAAUCGUUCGGUUCUAAUUUGCUUAGGAAACCGGUAAUAUCUCCAUCGAGGAAGGACUUGGGUGGAAAUUCAGAAGAAGAUGAGGUCGGCCAGGAGGAGAUCGAAGCGGAGGAAGAAAUGAUUGAUUGGGAGGACAAGAUUUUGCAGGACACGGUGCCACUCGUUGGGUUCGUCAGAAUGAUUCUUCAUUCCGGAAAAUACGAAAGUGGAAGUAGAUUAAGCCCAGAGCAUGAGAGAACGAUUCUUGAUAAAUUACUCCCUUAUCAUCCGGAAUUUCAAAAGAAGAUUGGUUCUGGAAUUGACUACAUUACAGUUGGAUAUCAUCCUGACUUUGAGGGUUCACGAUGUUUGUUCAUUGUUCGAAAAGAUGGAGAAUGGGUUGAUUUUUCCUACUGGAAAUGCAUAAAGAAUCUGAUCAGAAAAAACUACCCUCUAUAUGCAGAUAGUUUUAUUCUCAGACAUUUCCGGCGGCACAGGCAGAGUGGAUGAGGGUGUUACUGUCAACUUGCUCAUCGCUUUGUGCUUUUACUUAUUGUUUGAAAGAUUUCAUUUGUAUGAAUUGAAUUUAUAUUUUAGAAAGUAGGAGCAAAUCUCAAAAUGUUUUAAAACUGAUUUUCUGAGAAGUUUCUGGCAAUUUUAUUUCUAGUCUCAGGGAAGGCAAGUCAAUUUCUGUGCUCAUCUUUGGACUUAGGUCCAGUCUGUAAUUGAAAUGGCAAAAUGCAAAAUUUGAAAAUGGUUUGAAAUGCAUCAAGAAAGAAAGUUAAUUUAAA